GGAGAGAUCCAUCAGAAGCAGAGCGCACGAGACGCAGAGCGCACGCCACUCAAAGAGCGCCAGUGUGGACCGCGAGAGACACUUUCUUCUUGAGCUUUAACAUUUAAGAGCUAUUACGCAAAGACCUGCGAUAGACGACCCGGCAGAGUUGAGCCGCCCUGUGAUAAUCUCGACGGGAUGAAAACACCCAUAUCUCUCUUCUUGAUUGGCGACCUUGCGUCACUUAUCCAGUGCCCGUUUUGCAUCUGCUUUGGAACGCUGCUUUCGGAACGAGACUUUUCUGCCUGCCGCUGACCAAAAGCACAAUUUUUACGAUGUGGAUAUUUCAUCUGCUCCCCGUGUUGUAUGUUUGGCUAAAGUGUGAGAGUGUGUUUGCCUCGCCUUUCACGUGUCCGCAGAUUUGCGUGUGCUCCAUCAACAGCAUCAGAUGCAAUAACAAGACAGAGCAUGGCGCCACUUUGACUCAAAAAAAAGCUUGCAUUAACCUCAACCUUCAAUUCAUAUCUCUGAAGGACAUUGGCAGCCGUAGCUUCGAUGGGCUGCGUGACGUGAAGAGAAUACGGAUCACACACAGUGUCACGCUGGAAAGCAUACAACCCAAAGCAUUCAACAAUCUCUAUAACCUCUCGGAGAUCCUCAUCCAGAACACAAGGAGCCUGGUGCACAUCGGCCGACGCGCGUUCAACCACCUCCCAAACCUACAGUACCUAUGCAUUUCAAACACUGGGAUUACGGUGUUCCCUGAUUUGACCGCACUGUCUUCCCUUAAUCCCAGUUUUGUCUUGGAUAUCUUCGAUAACCUCCUCCUGACUUCAAUACCAGCAAAUGCUUUUCUGGGAAUGGCCACGAGUACCAUGAAUCUCUACAACAAUGGUUUCAAAGAAAUACAAAGCCAUGCCUUCAAUGGGACAGUGAUAGAUAAACUGAUCUUGAAGAACAACAAAAACCUGCGUGUGAUUCACCGAGAAGCCUUCACCGGAGCCAUAGGCCCCACUCUACUGGACGUGUCCUCGACCGGGCUGGACACCCUACCGCCCCGUGGCCUCGAGUCGGUUGGGGUACUGAUGGCCCAGGCAGCGUUUGCCCUGAAGAGACUUCCGAACUUCAACAGCCUGCGAAGCCUCUGGUCCGCCAGUCUGACCUACCCCAGCCACUGCUGCGCUCUGCACAGCUGGAAUGCUCACAGGGAAUCGUCUCUUAUUGCUGCCGUGAACAAUGGGUCCGUAUCCUGUGAAGAGGACACGCCCUCAGCAGGCUGCAGAGCGUUGGAGCCUCCUGUCAUCAGUGAUAUGACAUUUGAGGAGGAGACUUUUGGCAGUGUGGAUUCACUGUAUCCAGAGCUAGACCUCUUCAGGAGAAGAACAGCCCUGAAGUGCAGCCCAGAGGCCGACGCUUUCAACCCCUGCGAGGACCUGGCAGGCUUCGGCUUCCUGCGCGUGGCCAUCUGGUUCAUCAACAUCCUGGCCAUCGUCGGCAACCUGACUGUUUUGCUGGUCUUCUUCACGAGCGGCACCAAGCUGACGGUCCCACGCUUCCUGAUGUGCCACCUGGCCUUCGCCGACCUCUGCAUCGGCGUCUACCUGCUGAUGAUCGCGGCCGUGGACCUGCGGACGCGUGGCCACUACAGCCAGCACGCCAUCGAGUGGCAGACCGGCACGGGCUGCAGUGUGGCCGGCUUCCUGGCCGUGUUUGGCGGGGAGCUGUCGGUGUACACGCUCUGCACCAUCACCCUGGAGCGCUGGCACACCAUCAACCACGCCCUCCACCUGGAGCGUCGCAUGGGCCUGUCCCACGCCGCCGCCAUCAUGGCCGCCGGCUGGCUCCUGUGCCUGGGCGUGGCGCUGCUGCCCCUGGUGGGCGUGAGCAGCUACAGCAAGGUGAGCAUGUGCCUGACCAUGGACAUCGAGACGCCCCUGGCUCAGGCCUUCAUCAUCCUGCUGCUCCUCUUCAACGUGGGGGCCUUCCUGGCGGUGUGCGCGUGCUACGUGCGCAUCUACGUCGCCGUGCACAACCCCGAGUUCCCGGGCCGCAGCGCCGACACCAAGAUCGCCAAGCGCAUGGCCGUGCUGAUCUUCACCGACUUCCUCUGCAUGGCGCCCAUCUCCUUCUUCGCCAUCUCCGCCGCCUUCAAGGUGCCCCUCAUCACCGUCACCAACUCCAAGAUCCUGCUGGUGCUCUUCUACCCCAUCAACUCCUGCGCCAACCCUUUCCUGUACGCCAUCUGCACCAAGGCCUUCCGGAAGGACGCCUGCAAGCUCCUGAGCUCCAUGGGCUGCUGCGAGAUCAAGGCCAGUCUCUACCGCAUGAAGACCUACUGCUCGGGGAGCAUGGCCAAAAGCCACUCCGACGGGGGGGCCAAGCGCCUGCGAGGGGGGCAGGACCCGUCAUCCUUCCAGCAUCAGAAGCAGCUCAAACCAGAGGCCAAGGGCAAAGAUGGAUGAAAAACAUGAAACUGAUUCAGUGACCCAAUACCACCAGUUAAUGUGCGCUCUUACUCAUCUCAAAGAUAUUGUUAGUUAUCAGUCAUCUCAUACACCUGACCUCUCAUGACGCCUGUGUCCCUGAUCAGUAUUAGACUUACGUCUGUGUAAAUAAUGUGUUCUGAGUUACUCGAAAAAGGGAUGAACAUUGUCAGACAAAACUGUAGGAUUGGCACUAUGGUUCUUGGUAAAAAAAAAAAGGGGGACCUGCAUUAAAUUGAAAACUAGACUGGCUUACCACACAUGCCAAGCUUGCCCGUCAUGAACGUGUUUACUUUUUACUUCGCUGGCACAUAUCAUCCCAGAUUCAAAGAGCAAGAUAUGGCAUAGUUCUUAUUUCAGUCUCAAAAUGCAUUUAUUGAAAUGAACCAAAAAACAAAUAUGUAGUUGUUUGGGUGUUGGAUCAUAGUUUCACUCCAUUAUGAAUUGUGCGGGCCUCAUUCUUUGAAUGUCGUAAGUUAAACCUUGUGUGUUAAAAGAUAAAAAAGCUUCUUUGACUUUUUGCCUUAUGAAUACAUUGUAAACAAAUCUAGUCUCUCUUUACUAACAAAGUCAGUAUUGUUCUGUUACUCUGUGGCUCACACUCUUAUUUAGCUGACAAGUUAAACAGCUUUUAGUAGAAUUAAGCUGACAGUGUAGUCUUCUAAGAUGCAUUUGGAUUCCAAACCCUGAAUGAUUCAAUGGUAUUGA